AUGUACUUUAAAAAGAACUUUUGCUCUCUGGUGUGUAUAACGAUGUGUAGUGAUUUACUGUUGCAUUCUACUAUCAUUGCGACAGAGUCAAAUUGUUUCAGAAAAUUUGAAGAUGGUACUGUAAGUUUUUGUUCGUGCGAUCCAGCGAUUGAGGACAGGAGCUGGUCCACGUUCUCCUUUCUAGAGGCCCUCAUGUUGUGUUCAAUGAGAUGUUCACAAACAGACAGCUGUGUGGCUUACAACUUCUUCAAUGCCACCAAUCAGUGCCAACUCUUCAAUCAAACAUUGAACAAGUUCUCUGUACUGCCCGGCUGUCAAUAUUAUUAUAAAAGGGACAAAAUUCCAAAAAUGAAGCAAUUGCUGAUCACUGUUGACGACAAACUUGAGAAGAUUUACUUCAACGGCAUGAGCAUAUCGGUAGGAGAGAAUUUUCCACAUGCAGCUUCUUGGGACCUGCCCGACACGUACGAUCUGUCGGGCAACAUAUUUCUCGUUGCCGUGAUGGCCUUCAACAUCAACGGAGUUGGAGGAAUUUUAAUUAGUACAUCGGAUAAAUACAUCCUGACAAAUGAAACUUGGAAAUGUACUACAACCCUUUACGAUGGCUGGUACAAAAUCAUUUAUAAUGAUUCAGCCUGGCCUGCCGCUUUUGUUCUAGAGAAACACGAGUUUACUUCUAGUUUGAAUGCAUUGAAAGAAGCAGGAGCGGAAUGGAUAACGAAUGCAAUUGACGGCGAAAACUGCUUUUAUUACUGCCGUAAAAGCUUUAUUGGUACUCUUCAUAACGUUUUUACUCAACAUCUCUCACUACUCUGUAGUAGAAAUCUGACGUACCCGACUGAUCUGCAUGCCGUUGGAUUUGAAGAAGAUAAUGUAAGUUUUUGUUCGUGCGAUCAUCCAUAUGAGGACAGGAGCUGGUCCACGUUCUCGUUUCUAGAAGUCCUCAUGUUGUGUUCAAUGAGAUGUUCACAAACAGCCGGCUGUGUGGCUUACAACUUCUUCAGUGCCACCAAUCAGUGCCAACUCUUCAAUCAAACAUUGAACAAGUUUUCCGUACUGCCCGGCUGUCAAUAUUAUCUCAUAAAAGAUGGCUUUAUAGCUAGCACCUCAGAUAGUUACAUCCUGACCAACGAAACAUGGAAAUGCACCAAGAACUAUUACGACGGCUGGUACAAAAUCAACUACAAUGAUUCAUUCUGGUCUGCAGGUUCUGUAAUAGGAAACCAUGAAUUUUCCGAUGGUUUGAAAUCAUUGAAUGGAACUGGAUCGUACUGGACCCCCGAGACAUCCAACUGCCAACACUGCUUGUACUACUGCCGAAAAAGUUUCACCGAACUCAUUGGAAGAAGCCUUUGUCAGUUGAGUUCGGGGUCUGGAUAA